AUGUCGGCCGAGCAGAGGCUCGCCCUAGACCCGCGAGAGAUCCGCAAGCGAGCUCACGACGAAGCUGUCAAAGCGAUAGAGACCCAAAAGAGCGAGUUCAGCCAAUUCGGAAUCAUGGCUAACUGGAGCAAUGACGCCACCUAUCGAACGCUCGACCCCGGUUACGAAGCUCGUCAGUUGCGCGUAUUUGGUGAAAUGGUGCGCAAAGGUCUCAUCUACCGUCAAUUCCGCCCAGUCUACUGGUCACCCUCCAACCGAACCGCACUAGCAGAAUCAGAGCUGGAGUACAGAGAGGACCAUCUCAGCAAAGCUGUCUAUGUCUCGUUCAAAUUAUCAGCUGGACCUGACCUUUUGCAAAAACUGGGCCAGCACGCCGGUGCAGCAGAUGAUCUCCAUGCCGUCAUCUGGACCACGACACCAUGGUCGCUGCCGUCCAACAUGGCCAUCAAUGUCAACCCUUCUCUCGAGUACAGCAUCGUUCGACGACCAACGUCAAAUGGACCUUUUUACAUUAUUGGCACGGAUCGUGUCAUGGCCUUCGAGUCGCUGCCAAGCAAUCUCAGCGACGAGCAAGGAGCCGACUCAGCCAAAGCACUGGGUCCACUCGAAGAGAUCACUCGCAUUCAAGGUUCGGAUCUAUCCGACUCCGUGUACCGCUCAUCCCUCAGUGCGCCCAACAGUCCGCCAAGACCCAUCUUGAUGGCCGACUACGUCACUGCUGUCUCUGGAACUGGACUGGUACACUCAGCACCCGCGCAUGGUGCGGAAGACUACCAAAUAUGGAAGCAGCAAGGCCGUCUUCAACGGGAUGGAAUCUUUUCCCCCGUCAACGAUGAAGGACGCUAUUCCUCCGACAUUUUUCAACUCGACGCUUCGUCCGCGGAACAAGGCUCGGGCGACUAUCAGAAAGGGCUCGGUCAACGUCUCAUCGGUAAGGAGGUGCUUACCGAAGGCGCACAAGAAGUAAUGGCCAUUUUGAAAGAACGAGGCGCGCUCAUCUCUGCCCAGACGUUGCGUCACAAGUAUCCCUACGACUGGAGAUCCAAGCAGCCUGUGAUUGUCAGAGCAACAGCGCAAUGGUUUGCCAAUCUGGACGACAUCAAGCAGCAAGCUAUCGAAGCGCUCGACGAUGUCACUUUUGUCCCUGCCAACUCCCGUGCGCGUCUCGAAUCGUUCAUCUUGGGUCGCUCCGAGUGGUGCAUCUCUCGACAGCGCGUCUGGGGUGUCCCCAUCCCCGUGCUUUACGAUGUGGUGACCGACGAGCCGCUGAUGACGGUGGACAACGUCGAGCAUAUUGCAAGCCUCCUGGAGAAGCAAGGGACCGACUACUGGUGGAAGGCCGAUGCGGAGGUGUUCGUUGCGCCUCAAUAUCGCAACGAGGGCCGCACCUGGCGUAAAGGAGAAGACACAGUAGAUGUGUGGUUCGACAGCGGCACCUCGUGGGCGACUCUCAGGGAUCAGCUUGCUCUGGAAUCCAGUGCGCAUCGACCACCGCGCCAAACCAGCAUCGCCGACGUCUAUCUGGAAGGAUCCGACCAGCAUCGAGGAUGGUUCCAAUCUUCGCUCAUUACGGCAGUGGCGACCACACCAGAAGGACAGAAACCGGUCGCGCCCUACAAGACGGUAGUGACACACGGCUAUGUGCUCGACAAUGAGAGCCGCAAGAUGAGUAAGAGUCUAGGCAACGUCAUCUCGCCUUUGAGCAUCAUCAAAGGCGGCAAGAGCGCGGAUGAACCGGCAUAUGGUAUUGAUGUUUUGCGACUUUGGGUGGCGAGGAGCGAUUUCACAACCGACCCGCCGAUUGGCAACAUCAUCAUCCACAAAACGGCCGAAACGCUGCGCAAACUUCGCAACACGGCGCGCUUCAUGUUGGCCAAUGUGCCUCCUGCUGGUGACGUGGCGAAACUCGACAAAUCCAAGAUGCGACUGCUGGAUCGCUUCGUGAUGCAAGAGCUGUACCAACUCGAAAGGGGUUGCGCAUCCAGCUACGAAGCGUUUGAUUUCGCACAGGUGGUUCGGCGCUUGGUCGAGUUCGCCAGUGGAACGCUCUCGAAUCUCUACCUCGAUGUAGGCAAGGACAGCCUUUACCUCGAUCCGCUCGACAGCGAACGACGAAAGAUGAUGGUGGCAGUCAUUGAUCAGACCUUGCGCACCAUGACGGGGAUCAUGGCGCCAAUUGUGCCUUUCCUAUGCGAAGAAGUGUUCCACUUCCGCAGGGGCGCAAGCAGUGACCCUGAGGAAGGCACUGCUGGUGCAACUUCAGUUUUCUCUGCGGGCUGGCCCGAGGUAGAAGAAUGCUGGAACGACGAGCACUCUGCCUCAGACUGCAAGCAGUUGCUCAAGCUGCGCGAUGCCUCACUGGUCAUGAUUGAAGAGGCACGACAAGCUUCGCGCAUCAAAACCUCCUUUGAAGUCGAGGUCGACCUCGUCCUCCAGCCAGAUCAGACGCAGCUGAUCUCUUUGAUACGAACCUACGCCGCCGAACUGACCGAGCUGUUCAAUGUAGCAAAGGUCAGCGUGGUCGAGCAAGGACAAGACGAGCAUAAUAAUCAAGGCGUUCUGAGAUCUCGCGAUGCCGAAGAGGGUGUGGCGAUUCGAGUUCGUCACUCUGCGCGCCACAAAUGUCCACGCUGCCGCACUUUGCGCAAGGAAGCUGAGGCUGAUCGCCUCUGCCAACGUUGUCAAGAGGUGCUAGACUUGCUUUCCGCCUGA